AUGCCUCUCUACACCCCCUCAACCAGAAAGAGACACGAACACAAGGUGACCCUGACCACGACUCUUUUAAAGACGGGGGGGGCGGUGCAGGCCGACUACGCAGACCUGUGGCUCCUGAGCGACCUGAAGGGGGACCUGAGAGGGGGAGGGGACACGUACCGCUCACUGUCCAACUCAAGCACCGCCACCGGGACCACAGUCAUAGAGGGGACCCACCGGACCCAGGAGACCCCUGACUCUCCCACAGCCACCUCCCCCCCCUUGCUGCCCGUGGGGGAAAUCAGGUCUCCGGAGCUGCUUGGGGGCCUCGGGAGCCCCUCCAGCGGUUACUCAAGUCAGUCCGAGACCCCGACCUCCUCCUGCCCCACCGCCGCCUUAUUCCCGGGGCCCCAAUCCCCCUGCAAGAGGAGGCCCCAAGUCCCCGAGAGAAAGUCCUCACUGUCCUGCAGUGAGGAGGCCUUCCCCAGGAAGGACCAGGAGCCCCCCUCACACCUGGAUCUCAGGGCCCUUCAUGUUGCUGACCUGGCUCAGGCUUACAGGACUCAGGAGUUCAGCCCCCCCCCACUCUUCAUCACCCCGACUGUGCUGCACUCUGUUCAGCUGCGCUCCUUCAGCAGGGAGCAGGGGGGGGGGAGUCUCGGGGAGAAACCAGCCUCCUCACCCCCCCUGUCAUGCACCCUCCCUCCCUCUCUGAAGGCCUCCUUAGAGUCUCUCCUCACCCCGCAGGUGGAGGAUCCUGUACCAGACAUCAGACAGGAAGUAGAAACAUCUGUACGCAGUUCAGAGUCUGUUCUGCAGAGAGGGGAGGAAGAGGAGGAUGAAGGAGGUCCUCUCUCUGGAUUGGGUGAACACAGAGUGAUUGCUGACAGCCAAUCAAAGGAGGUCUUUGAGAGCCUCCUCAGGUCUGCAAGAACCACAGCAGAAAUAGAGGAACCCCUAGUUGCAGGAACCACAGAAGAAGAGUGGGAGUCCUCCAGAGCUACAGGAACCACAGAAGAAGAGUGGGAGUCCUCCAGAGCUACAGGAACCACAGAAGAAGAAGAGUCCUCGGGAGUUUCAGGAACCACAGAAGAAGAAGAGUCCUCGGGAGCUGCCGGAACCACAGAAGAAGAAGAGUCCUUGGGAGCUGCCGGAACCACAGAAGAAGAAGAGUCCUUGGGAGCUGCAGGAGCCACAGAAGAAGAAGAGUCCUCCGGAGCUGCAGGAGCCACAGAAGAAGAAGAGUCCUCCGGAGCUGCGGAGGACGAGGCAGCAGAGAGACAGGAUCUCUGCAGACAGACAGGCGCCCUCCCCCCUGACGCUGGAGACUCCUCCCUGAGUGAAGAGUCUAAAACGGAGGAAGAUGGCGUGUUUGUGUCUCCAACCAGGACUCGAACCACCGAGGACCUGUUUGCCCUGAUCCACAGGUCUAAGAGGAAGGUGUUGGGGAGGAAGGACUCCUCUGAGCUGAACUCGAAGACCCGGCUCGGAGCUGCCUCGACUCCCCCAAGCAGCACCACGACCUCCCCAGUCUCCCCGCUGUCCCCACCCUCCCCCGCUGUGACCCCCCCCAGCAUGCAAAGAGUAUCCGGGUCCGUCCUCAGGAACGCCAGGAAGUCCAGCACCUCCAAUGAGGAGUUCAAGCUGCUGCUGCUGAGGAAGGGCAGUCGAUCUGAGUCCGGGUUCCGCAUGUCAGCCACCGAGAUCCUGAGGAGCCCCGUCUCCCCCCGCUCCCUUGGAGACCCCCUGCUGGACUCCCCCCGACCCCCUGGGGAGGCGUCUUCCCCACUGCAGCAGGACAAGCCCGGCAGCCCCUUUCCCAGGACCAACGCCGAGUCCUUCUCCCCCAAAUCCUGCCCCCCCUCCAGGUCGGGCCGCUGCAGGAUCCCCCCCCCAUGCAGCAGCAGCCGCUAUGGGGCACGAUGCCGACUCCCCCCCUCUCCCAUGCAGGCCAUUUCUGAGGGGGAGGCGGAGAACUCGGACGGGAGUCCCCCCGACGAGCGCACCCCUGGCCUUCGUAGGACCCUAACGGACCAUUUUUAAUAUAUUUGAUUAACCUGAUGGCGCUGUUUGGUUCCUCUGUGGAGAGCAUUUUAAAUAUCUCCCCCUCCAUGAAGACCCCCGGGUCUUGUUCAGAAACUGAAACCCCUCAGUCUGUAUCAGUGGAAGAUAUGCUGGAUGUAUUCUGUGAAUACCUGUCACUGUAAUCACAUAAGGCUGUUUCUACAGAGGCCGACUAACCAGCUUCCCCUUCAGAAACCAUGCAGAUACAAAUGUUCCAGAACACUGAGAAACAUCUUCAUGUGAUCAUGAUGUUAAAAUAAGCUGGUGAAACUGUUAAGGUAUGUUUCCAAUGUCAGAGAGGUUUCUUCCAGUGUUUCUAUUUCCAUAUCUACAUGGUUCUGUAACGCGUUGCUCCUGGUGGAAGACGUCUGUAACGCGUUGCUCCUGGUGGAAGACGUCUGUAACGCGUUGCUCCUGGUGGAAGACGUCUGUAACGCGUUGCUCCUGGUGGAAGACGUCUGUAACGCGUUGCUCCUGGUGGAAGACGUCUGUAACGCGUUGCUCCUGGUGGAAGACGUCUGUAACGCGUUGCUCCUGGUGGAAGACGUCUGUAACGCGUUGCUCCUGGUGGAAUACGUCUGUAACGCGUUGCUCCUGGUGGAAGACGUCUGUAACGCGUUGCUCCUGGUGGAAGACGUCAUGUCUGUAACGCGUUGCUCCUGGUGGAAGACGUCUGUAACGCGUUGCUCCUGGUGGAAGACGUCUGUAACGCGUUGCUCCUGGUGGAAGACGUCUGUAACGCGUUGCUCCUGGUGGAAUACGUCUGUAACGCGUUGCUCCUGGUGGAAGACGUCUGUAACGCGUUGCUCCUGGUGGAAGACGUCUGUAACGCGUUGCUCCUGGUGGAAUACGUCUGUAACGCGUUGCUCCUGGUGGAAUACGUCUGUAACGCGUUGCUCCUGGUGGAAGACGUCUGUAACGCGUUGCUCCUGGUGGAAGACGUCAUGUCUGUAACGCGUUGCUCCUGGUGGAAGACGUCUGUAACGCGUUGCUCCUGGUGGAAGACGUCUGUAACGCGUUGCUCCUGGUGGAAGACGUCUGUAACGCGUUGCUCCUGGUGGAAGACGUCUGUAACGCGUUGCUCCUGGUGGUGGAAGACGUCUGUAACGCGUUGCUUCUGGUGGAAGACGUCUGUAACGCGUUGCUCCUGGUGGAAGACGUCUGUAACGCGUUGCUCCUGGUGGAAGACGUCUGUAACGCGUUGCUCCUGGUGGAAGACGUCUGUAACGCGUUGCUCCUGGUGGAAGACGUCUGUAACGCGUUGCUCCUGGUGGAAGACGUCACGUCUGUAACGCGUUGCUCCUGGUGGAAGACGUCUGUAACGCGUUGCUCCUGGUGGAAGAUGUCUGUAACGCGUUGCUCCUGGUGGAAGACGUCACGUCUGUAACGCGUUGCUCCUGGUGGAAGACGUCUGUAACGCGUUGCUCCUGGUGGAAUACGUCUGUAACGCGUUGCUCCUGGUGGAAGACGUCUGUAACGCGUUGCUCCUGGUGGAAGACGUCUGUAACGCGUUGCUCCUGGUGGAAGACGUCACGUCUGUAACGCGUUGCUCCUGGUGGAAGACGUCUGUAACGCGUUGCUCCUGGUGGAAGACGUCUGUAACGCGUUGCUCCUGGUGGUGGAAGACGUCUGUAACGCGUUGCUCCUGGUGGAAGACGUCUGUAACGCGUUGCUCCUGGUGGAAGACGUCUGUAACGCGUUGCUCCUGGUGGAAGACGUCUGUAACGCGUUGCUCCUGGUGGAAGACGUCUGUAACGCGUUGCUCCUGGUGGAAGACGUCUGUAACGCGUUGCUCCUGGUGGAAGACGUCUGUAACGCGUUGCUCCUGGUGGAAGACGUCUGUAACGCGUUGCUCCUGGUGGAAGACGUCUGUAACGCGGCCUCCUUAUAUACGUUUCCUCAUCACGACCGACUGUGAGAUAAAAGGUGAAGCAUGAUAUUAAAGAUAGCUCACUAUUACAGUAAAUACUCUCAUGCAAUAAGUAACUGAGACAAUCUGAGGAGGAGGAGCACGAGGGGGAGCAGGAGGGGGAGGAGGACCAGCAGGAGGAGGAGGAGCAGGAGGACCAGCAGGAGAAGGAGAGGAGAAGCAGCUGCAAAGAAAAAGGAGGUUGUGAUGCAGGUUAUUUCUGAUGUACCCAGAGCUCCUCUCAGUUUGGACCUCAGCAUGUUUCUGUGAUUGAUGGAGGAUGUGUGUUUAAUAGGAAGCUGGUUUUCAAGGUGCUGGAUUAUGGGAUGUUGCAUUUGUACCAAAAGCUCGUCUGAAUCAGAGAAUCACCUGCCACAGUAAUCUGAGUAUAUUUAUUUUUAUAACGGACAUAGGAAGUGAAAUCUUCAGAUGAUCUCUGGUGUUUUAUGCAGACGAGUUUAUAGGGGCACUUUUAAAGUCUAUCAGACUUUGCAAAGACAAACAGGAGACCCUCUCCCUAGUGUGUAUGGCAUGCUUGUCCCACAUAUUCACAAUAAUAUAUAAUAUAUGGUGUUUAUCGCAGUGAUGGUACUCGAGCACUAUGCAAAAGAUGACAGUCUAUGCAGCCAUAUUUUGACAUAUGAAUAUCUCCUGUAUUUUGUAGGAAGACUUAGAGCCACGUGUUCAAAACAUGUUUUCUUUCUGACCAAAACAUCCAAGUUCUGAAGAUUUCAGAACCCCCCAAAAAAGUAAAAUGUGGUCCUGAUCCUCUUCUGUAACUUUGGCCUGAACGUGCCCCCGCACCUUCCUCUCUCUCCAUCUGCUGCACUGAGAGCCGGUUAGUAGAAUACCGGAGACUGAGACAGGUACGCCGGUCAUCUGACCCUCCUCUUUCUGCCCUUUGUACACACCUGUAAAGAUAUGGAUAUGUUUUGGGUCACAAAGGUUGAUGAAUUGUUUGUGGAAAUGUGUUUAAAGUUUACAUUGAUCAGAGACCUUUGUAUAUUUUUGCGCUGUGGAUCACUUUGUAUUUAUUUUGUAGUAAGCAUUGUCCCUCAGUAAACCAGAGAAGAAGAAAUAAAUGUGACUCCAAAAUACA